AUGAACAUUUCAUCACUUGAUGAAAUCAAAGACAAUUUUACCUCACCCAUUGGAGAUCUAUUACGUGAACAUGUCAGCUUGACAGAUCUAUUCAUACCAGAGCUUUCUAACAAUAUCAUCAAGCAAACACUUGCCAAGUUAGUAGGACCUUGUUAUCCAAUGGUCGGAACCAUUACUCUCUACUCUGACAAGCGUUAUGCAUAUUCAUCUCUGUAUGACGGCACAAAAAAGGAUAUUGCCAACACAUCGGGUUUUGUGUUUUAUUCGUACAACAGGCUGUCUAGGAUUCUAAUGGCAAUGGGCCUUGGCAGAGCGUUGAUAUUCGUCAAGUUUGUCAAUGGAAAUGAAAACAAUGCUGAGCUCAUGGAUUUGAAAUUGAAAGCUUGUAACGAUGGAAUUACUUACAAUGACGUACAUUAUACUUUUUUCAACGCUAGCAAUUCAUCUCUAAACACUAACGACGGAAGUUGUGUGUUUUUAGCCUCAUGUAUUGAAAGACCUUAUUUAAUUUCUCUUUUAGGAAACUUUGAAGAAUGUGCAAAACAAGGAGUUGGCAAACUCAUAGCUCGUAUUGCCAUGAGCAAUGGAAAGAGCUACAUGAGUAAUGAACAGUUACAAAAAAGAGAAAUCUUCAUGCUGCAGGAUGAGGAUGAAUUUCCUUGCGCGGAUGGAUGUGGAAUGAUGAGAGAGAUAAAUUUGAAAGAACAUUAG